GUAUGCACAUCGAGAGAAAAACAUUGCUGCGUUAUUUUUGCGCGUAUUGUGAACAAAAAUUGCAUUUUUUGCACAUUUUAUCGUUUAGAAGUUAUUUCACAUUUUACUAUUGAUUUGAUUUUUGUUGCAAUUGGUUAUCUUAUUACUUUUUUGGUUAUACCGAGAGAACUUAAAUGAUUUCAUUUGGCAUCUUUGUUUGAGUUGAAAAAAAAACGUUUUAUUCGGAAAAAAUCACGUUUUAGUUUAAAACUCAAUUGUUUUCAAUUUCUUUUGAGCAAACGAUUUGAAGUGUGAACAACAAAAACUCAUUUCAGUUUUGCAAAAACGCGCACAAAUUAAAUUUGACUUUUCACGUCUAAGCUGGAAUUUCAAAAUUACGAAAAUUUUGCUUUAUUUUGCUCAAAAUCAAAAUGAAUGGAGGUUUUUACGACGAAGAUCCUUCAAAUUUGUCUCGCAUUACUCCCGAUCUUAGCUAUUUCGAUGAUAUAGAAAAAUACUUGCAAAUUUUACGAGAUAAUGACAAUGAGGAGCAGUUUGUUUGCAUUUCUUCAAAUUUAGUUAGUGAAAUUGGAUUAGAAGACAACAAAAACUUACCCAGCCAGGUAGCGAUUACUUCUAGAGUCGAGUUAGUGAAACGAAACAAACGAAAGGCAAAACCGACCAAAAUUGUGACGGUUCUACAAGAAGCAGCGCCUAACACCCCUUUAGCUUCGACAUCAAAGGACCAGGUGGAAACAGUCAAAGUUCCAAAGCGCUCUAGCGAAACAGAGAAGCAGACAAAUGCUCAGUGCAAAAGUGGUUUUCAAGUUUCCAAUACCGAAAAAGUUGACAAUUCAGUCAGGUACUGCCGCAGAUGCCCUAAGCUUCAGACGGAGCAUUAUCACUGCUACGAAAAAACAUGCAAAAAAUUGAAAAUUUUCCCAAAGGAGCAGCUACAGCGUCAUAUGAACUUCCAUCAGAAGAAGCAAUCGUGGAGGGAGAGGGGGUUCAUCCGCUUCUCCAGUUAUGAGUCAUGCGCGUCUGUGCAGAGGGGUUGUCCCCACUCCCACUGCAAGACCCACUAUCAUUGUAUACGGCCCAACUGUGAGCGGGUGUGUUUGGGGUUGGGAGACGCGGAGGCUCAUCAGAAGCACCACCUUCGGUCGGAACAGACGCAAACUGAUGGCUUCGUGCGCUUUUCCAGAAGCGAGAAUUGUCGCGACCCUCUUUGUCAGUUCUUCAGGGGAAAAACUACACAUUUCCAUUGCUUGCGCGAAGGCUGUACUUUCGCUUUCAAAGACAAAACACUGCUGAAACCUCACAAGUUAUUGCACUCGAAGAACGACCAGUUCCAGGACCUCGGAUGCAAGAAGUUCUCCAAACACAACUCGUGUGGGUUCAUGAACUGCAACUACUCUCAAAAUCUCAAUCACUUCCAUUGUCUCAUCAAGGGAUGUGACUUCACAGCCGUGUGCACUUCCAAAGCAGAGAGCCAUAAGGUCCACCACGAGAAGUUGAGAAAACUGAUCUCGAAAGGAGUCAAGGUUACUGAAUACAAAACGGCUAAGCUGUCUACAAAAGAAUGCAUGGAGUUAUUUGACAAAACAGUGCCUCACAAUCCUGAAAGGAGAAGCAGACGCCGUUCAGUGAAACCAGCUCUGAAUGAUUCGAAUGAAGACGUCAUUUCGGAUUUCAUGACAAACAUCGAACAGUCUGUGCUUAAAAUGGAGGAGCAAGAAGCGAAGCAGCAGAAUCUGAUUAAAAUAAAUCCAAUUGACCCAACCAAGUCUUCAUUUGACAAAACCACUCGUGAUGUCAAAUUGAAAUCUAGCGAUAUGAACAAGAUUGAACCACAGCCAGAUUUAAAUUACAGCUUUUAUUUGAGACAGACGUGUCCCUCUAUAGAGUGUGCGUUGUUCCGCAAUAAACACUUCCAUUGUGGGGAGGUAGGGUGCUGCUACGUGACUAAGAGCGAGCAGAACAUAAUUGCACACAGCGCCCGACACCGCAACAGGGCUCAAAAGGUCGCUCAGGGCUUCCAACAAUUCACCCGAUACGAGGACUGCAGCAUGCCCGGCUGCAGAUACAACAGAAACACAGCCCACUUUCACUGUCGACUGUGCGAGUACACUUUCUGCAAUUCAGCCAUCACAAGCACACAUAUGAGCAAACAUACCAGAAAAACUAAUGGAAGUGAGGAUUCUAUGAAGAUUAAGAUGAUUUGGCAAGAUGGGGGCUGGCAGAAGAGCUGAUUAACGAACCGAGGGACAAAAUAGCCGACACAGUUUGGAAAAAGACAAUCGAAAUCUUGACUCAAUUGUAACAGACAAAAAAGGGCAGCGAAACGGAGAAUUUCCCAUAGUUUUUGUAUUCAAUAGAAAAACAUUACGUGUGACGUUAUAUUUUGUUAUCCAGGAUAAAGUUUAAAAAUAAAAGUUCUAUUCUUUUGCAUA